AUGUCUGAUUAUUCAGACUAUUAUAACGGAGGUCCCAGAUUCAGUCCAUGCAGCAAUGCCAAUUUGAAGGAUUUUGCUGAGGUCUUUCUGCCCAAUCUGGUUUUCGUCCUCGGCAUCAUAGGCAACGGUUUAGUGGUUGCUGUCCUGGUGAAGCACCGCAACCAGAUCAAUUUGACCGACAUCUGCCUCUUCAACCUGGCCGUCUCCGACCUCGUCUUCAUCCUCACGUUGCCCUUCUACUCUUACUACUCCGUAGUCGGCAAGUGGCCUUUCGGAGACUUAAUGUGCCACUUAGCCUCUGGCUGCCACAGCACCGGGUUCUUCGGCAGCAUCUUCUUCAUGGUCGUCAUGACACUGGACCGCUACGUGGUCAUCAUGCACGCCCACAAGGUGGCCCACUAUCGCACCCUGAGGGCGGGCGUCGCUCUCAGCGCCUGCGUGUGGACGCUGAGCGUGUGCGUCUCUCUGCCCGCCGUUCUCUUCACGAGGGUCACGAACGACUCUCACGGGGUGGGCUGUCGCUUCGAGCCGGACAACGACGUCUGGAGGCUCUACAACAUCGUCUCCAUGAAUGCAUUGGGUCUUGCCAUCCCCUUGUUGGUGAUGAUAGUCUGCUACUCCAGGAUCAUCCCCAUACUGCUGAACAUGAGGAGCGCCAAGAAGCACCGCGCAGUCAAGCUGAUCAUCUCCAUAGUGAUCGCCUUUUUCCUAUUCUGGUCCCCGUAUAACAUCUCCCUUCUCUUGAAGUUUCUGAAAGCCGAAGACGACUGCGACGCGAAUGCACGUUUGUUGCUGUCGAUAACGGUGACCGAGACCAUUGCUUACUGUCACUGCUGCCUGAACCCCAUCAUUUACGCCUUCGUGGGUCAAAAGUUCAUGAGACGAGUCUUGCAAUGGGUGCCCGGGGUUCUCCUUUGCUCUACCAGAGAGUCUUCAGAUAGUUCAUCCAGGAAAAGCUCCAGGUCCUCCGAUGCCACCUCCAAAUUCAUCAUGUAG